AUGAACCAGGUGAUCGUGUUCUUGGUAAUGGCCAUGGGAACCCACAGCCUCAAUUUUCGGAUCCGGAAGGACUGCACCCACUGGCCCAGAUGCUGCCCCAGCAAAAGGCAGGACCCCGCUCACGAGUCUCUGAAGGGGAACACUGUGCUCAAGCUCCCCCAAGAGGCCACUAGCCUCACCCACCACCCAGAAUCCUGCAGGGCCAGUGAAGACGGACCCCUCAACAGCAGGUCUAUCUCUCCCUGGAGCUAUGAGUUGGACAGGGACUUGAACCGGCUCCCCCAGGACCUGUACCACGCCCGCUGCCUGUGUUCACACUGUGUCAGCCUACAGACGGGCUCCCACAUGGACCCCCUGGGCAACUCGGAGUUGCUCUACCACAACCAGACCGUCUUCUACCGGCGGCCAUGCCCUGGCAAGCAGGGUGCCUAUGAUGGCUACUGCCUGGAACAGAAGCUCUACCGUGUCUCCUUGGCUUGUGUGUGUGUGCGGCCGCGAGUGAUGGCCUAG